GGCUGCCGGGGAGUGGACCCGUCUUGGUGUGAAGAGGAUCUUUGCCUGAAUACAAUGCACAGAGCAUGAGAUCUGCCCCUGAUCUAGGCGUCUGUUCUUGCUGAGAACUUUCUUGCUUUUAAAUAAGUAAAUACCGAUCCCAGAACCAUGUACACAUCACUGCCCAAAAGUGGCUCGCCCUUCGAUGCUUCGGUAAAGGAGCCAGGCCUCCACAUCUGGCGAGUGGAGAAGAUGAAGCCCGUGUCGGUACCAGAAGAGAUGAAAGGCAUAUUCUAUUCUGGGGAUUCUUACCUGGUUCUUCACAAUGGACCGGAGGAGCAGUCCAGUGUGCACAUCUGGAUUGGCCAGAACUCCUCCCGGGAUGAACAGGGAGCCUGUGCUCUGCUCUCCACCAACCUCAACUUCUUCCUGAAAGAAAAACCUAUCCAGUACCGGGAGGUGCAGGGCAAUGAGUCCGACAUUUUCAUGGAGUACUUCCCCCACGGCAUCAAAUACCAGGAAGGAGGUGUGGAAUCUGCCUUUAACAGAACCCAGGCCAGCCAGCAACCCAGUGCUAUUCGCAAACUCUACCAGGUGAAGGGAAAAAAGAAUAUCCGGGCCACUGAAAAAGAACUGAACUGGGCUAGUUUUAACACCGGCGACUGCUUUAUCCUGGAUCUAGGAGAGAACAUCUUCACUUGGUGUGGCAGCAAAUCCAACAUUCUAGAGCGCAACAAAGCCCGGGAUUUAGCGACAGCAAUUCGGGAUAGCGAGAGGAAGGGGAAAGCCAAAGUGGAGAUAAUUGCAGAUGGCGAAGAGCCGGCUGAGAUGAUAGCGGUCCUGGGUCCUAAACCAGCUCUGAAAGAGGGCAGUCCAGAGGAAGAUGUCAUGGCUGAUCGGAAAAAUGCAGUUGCCGCUGUACUUUAUAAGGUAUCGGACAUGACGGGGAAAAUGAGCCUGACUAAGGUCUCGGAGUCCAGUCCAUUCCAUCAGGACCACCUCAUCACAGAUGAUUGCUUCAUCCUGGACAACGGGCUAUGUGGGAAAAUCUACGUUUGGAAAGGCCUCCGAGCAAAUGAGCAGGAACAACAGGCAGCCCUUAAGGUAGCUGAGGACUUCAUCACUCAGAUGAAGUAUCCCCUGAACACACAGGUGGAAAUCUUGCCCCAAGGCCGCGAAAGUCCUCUCUUCAAACAAUUUUUUGUAAACUGGAAGUGAAACCGAGUUGACAUCCUGAGCUGGCGAUAUUCCGUUCAUGUGCCUCACUUAGCCUGUUUUCGACCAUUAUGCCUUAUUAAAAGGGAGCCACUGUGGCCUAAGAUUCUUCUUUGGACUGAAGUUACGUUUUCACUCAUUCACAAUAUUCCAGGCACAGAAAAAGGGGCACAUAGCCGGGAACAUGCUCUCCAUGCAGAACACCCCAUGUUCAGUGCCUGGCAUCUCUUCUUUAAAAGGCUCUCAGGCCGAAGGAGAAGUGAAAGACCUCCACUUGUCCAAGACCCUGGAGAGCAUCUGCUGGUCAGAGUAAAUAAUUUUGGGCAAGAUGGAGCAAUGGUCUGACUCUGCUAUGGAUGGGAGGAAAUUUUAUUUCACUUUGCAUUUGAGGGUGAACCUAUCUAACCCACACUUCCUGAAGCAAUGUAGGAACUGAAACAUGGCAAGCCUUCAAAAUUUGCCCUUCUCUGAAUUUUGCAAGGCAGAUGUCCAGACAAAUAAUGUGUACAAGAAUGCAUAGACUGUAGUCGGGGGAAGCGUACGAGGAUAGCAUACAAAAUGAAUGGUGCUGGGGGAAGUCGCUUUGCUAAACUGUGCAUAUUAGGUAAAAAGGCAUACAAAAAAAAAUAGCAGAAAUUCACACUAAUGUCCUAAGGUUGU